AUGCAAACCCCCAUCCCAUACUUUUCUCUCUCACCUUUCCCUUCUCUCUCUAAGAAACCCAACAACAAAAACAAACCCUUCCUCUGUUCCUUCUCUUCUGUUUCCGCUCACUCUCCCAGCAUCCCAACUCCAACCUCAAACCCCUCCCUCUCCAAUUUCCUCAUCAAAACCUUGGCAAUCUCCGAACCACAAGCCGUUUCCAUCUCCAACCGCUUCUCAUCGAGAAAAUCUCUAGAAAAGCCACACUCCGUGGUUCAAUUUCUCAAGCAACUAGGCUUCUCCGACGCCCACAUUCGAUCCUCCGUUCAGUCCAGGCCCGAAAUCCUCUUCUCCGACGUGGACAAGACUUUGAAGCCCAAGCUGCAGUUUUUUCUGGACCUGGGUCUCACUGGUCCUGAUCUGGGUAACUUCAUUUCAAUUCAUUCUCAUGUUUUGCUUGAUAGUUUGGAGAGAACAUUGAUACCCUGCGUUGACAUUAUCAAGAACACCCUCGUAAACGACAAAAACAAUCAGGAUUUGAUUCGGGUUCUGCAGAAGACCUAUCGGGGUUGGGUCUUUUCAAAACCAGUGUCGAGAUUGAAAUGUAACAUUGCCUUCUUGGAGAGCUGCGGCAUUGUUGGGCCUCAGCUCUCAGAUCUUUUGAAGAGGCACCCUCGGCUUUUCUUCAUUUCAGAGACGGCUCUUAAGGACCUUGUUUUGCGUGUUUUAGAUAUGGGGUUUUCUGCUGAUUCGAGGAUGCUGGUUCAUGCUGUGGACACAGUUAGUAGCAUAAGUGGUGAGACUUUUAGCAGGAAGAUUGAAAUGCUUAGGAGUUUUGGGUUUUCGGAGGAGGAAUGUAUGGAUAUGUUUAGGAGAGCUCCGAGGUUACUUACGAUUUCAGAAGAUAAGUUGAAGUUUAAGAUUGAUUUCUUCUUGAAUGAUUUCAAGUUGAACAGGUGUGCGUUAGUUAGUUGGCCUACUUGUUUGACGUACAGCAUCGAGAAGAGAAUAAUCCCUCGUUAUAGAGUUUUACAGGUUAUCAUGUCCAAGGGACUGUUACAGAAGGAACCUAGUUUUAAACAUGUAUUGAUUUUGUCAGAAGAGAAGUUUCUAGGAAAAUUUAUAUCAAGGUUUCCAGAUGAUGCAGUGGAUCUUUUGGAGAUUUACAAGGGCAACCUUUUGGAUUCUUGA